CGAUUUUUUUUUCUCUACAGAAAUACAUACUUAUCUAGAAAAAAAUAAAUUUCAUAAACCGAAAGGCAUACCGAUGCAACAGUUUAUGUUGUAAAAGCAGACCAUAAAAUUUGUACCAUUACGUAAUGAGAUGAGUUGUUCACACCUACAAAAAUGAGGAAAUUAUGACAAGUUCAUUACUGGAUCAGCAUAUAAAACUUGAACUUGAACUUGAAAGUACAAGUGAAUGUAAACGUGACAACAACAACUACCAAAAUGUUGCAAACUAGUUGGUCAAAAUGACAGAUAUAUGAGAUAACAAUGAUAUAUGUGAGAUUGUAUUCUAUUUGGAAUUGGAAGGAGAAUAAUGGAGUCCCCGCUUGUUAAUUAUUUUAACUUAUAGUCUUAUAGAGCUUGGACUAGACGGCAAGCAAGAAAGUCAACACAUUUCUUCAACCCCAAGAAAACAAACAGAGAAAGUCAAACAAGUUAAAAGAGUAUAGAUCUUUAUAUUCUCGUAUCUAAUUGCAUUACUAUUCCCAAGUACAAGAAGAAGAUGUCCGGCUGGUCGGAGUUGCCACCGGAGAUCAUCCACAUGAUCUCUCUGCGUAUUGACAACCCUUUCGAUCUGAUCCAUUUUCGAUCGGUAUGUUCAUGGUGGCGAUCAUGUAGUCUUCAAACAUUCCGACCAAUUCCAUCACUUAGAUGUCCUCUUCCCCCAGAUGCUGGUGGUUGCGGAGAUGAUUGCCAUAUCUUGAGGAGCCGUGUUUAUCUUGUCACAUCUCUUUCUCACGAUCCUCCCCGAUUCUGGCUGUUUAAACUACAAGAAGAGGAGAAUGGAGCACUUGCUCUGCAAUCUUUGCUCAAUAGAAGAACCUCCUCCGAAUGGGGAGUUUCAUAUCCAAGCCUGUUAAUUGACUUGCUCAACUCUCAAGUCGUUGAGCUAGUUCAAGAACAUGUCGCUUGUUACACCUAUUGGUGCGAUCUAUUUGAUGGUCCUGCUGGUAGUUAUAAAUGUGAACAGCCUAUCGGUUUUAUGCGGUUAGACGGAGAGAACAAGGAAUUCAUGGCUUUGGGAAGGCUGUCUUUCCAAGGUCUUGGCAUGUAUAGGUCAUUUGAGGAUCGUUGGACCGAGAUCGAGACAACAUCUGGUCCUUUUCCAGAUGGGAUUACGUGGUUUAACGGACAAUUUUAUGUCAUUGAUACUGUUGGAGUCACGAAAGUGGUCAAGCCAACUCUAGAGGUGAGUUCGUUUCGUCGGUCAAGGCCUUGCAAUAAGACAAGGAAACGUUGGUUUGUCAAGGCUGAGGACAAACUCCUACUAGUAGAGAUGUGCACCCGUAACUUAGAAGAGUAUCGGAGACCACAUCUUCUAGCGGAAAAAGGAUGGUUCGAAGUAUCAGAGUUAAAUGAGGAGAGAAACGAUUGGAUUCAAAUGGAAGAUGUUGGUGGUCGAGUCUUGUUCUUGGACGACCAUUUCUCAUUGUCUUGCUUGCCUAAUCAGGUCCCUGGUUUCAAACCAAACUCUAUAAUCUUCAAAGGUGUGCUUGGAUACUAUGGACAUCAAGUGUUUGAGUUUGGUGAGCAAGGCUUUAUACUUCUUGGAGAUAUUCCUGAGUAUACUCAGCUUUUUCCAUCUCCCUCAUGGAUAGUUUCCAACGUAUGACUGAUUCAUCACAAAACAUAAUU